GCCAAAGCAAAGUGGAAGAAAAUGAAAAUCACAAAAUCGCCAAUUCCUCAAUUCAUUCAUAUAAAGCCCAAAUUCGCUUUUUUGAUUCAUUUCCUUCUCACUUUAAUCUCUAAUCAUCACCCUUCGCCAACGUGAUUCUUCAAAAUCAUUGCGUUUUGAGUUCAUUCGGCUGCGUUUCAUCUGCUCUAAGUUCUUUCGCCGAAUCCCCAAAUUCACAUUUCUGAACAUGCUUCUUCUUCGGCGAAUUCAUCGUUUCUGAGCUCUCUGCUGCAUCAAUGGGUCUCAUUAGUAGUAGCAACAACAAACGCCACCAACAGUGCAUGAAUUUGAAUCGCAUGUAUCCGUCUCCGAAUUCCUCAGAUUCCCGCACCUUAAAAAGAGCUACGUUCCAAUCAACGAGCAUGAACUCAACUCCCACUAGUACUGGUUCAAGAGUUUCCCGGUACCCAAAUGCAGUGCUACCGUUGCAUAGGGAGGUUCACGCUCCUUGCAGAUCCAAAAAGUUCGGUCUUUUGAAUAUUUCAGGAACUCAGAAGGAGAUUGGUAAGGGUAGGGGCAAUGAUGCGUUGCAUCACAAGUACCGCGUGUACCAGCAGGCGAAGGAUUCUGCACUUGCUUGCAUUCGAUUAUUUGAAAAGCGCAAGGAGGCGGCGAAAGUUGACACUGCUGGUCGCAACAAGGAGGUUUAUGUCAUAGAAGAUGAUGACGAAGAAGGACCAUCCAUGGUGACAGAACAGAGUUUGAAAGGGAUGCAUGAUUUUGAUGCUAAGGAUGUUGUAGGAUUUUUGCAGCAAUCAACUCCUUUGGUUUCUGAGUCCAUAACUAGUAAUUUGAAUGUGGUUUAUGCUGAGAGGAUGCUGGACACUCUAUCCUUGAGUCCCGAGCAUCCGAAGAAGGAACCACUUGUAGAGCUAGUGUCACUGAAACCUUUUGUUCCUCUUACAAAGGAGGAAGAAGAUGAGGUUGCACGUGCCUUUUCUGCUGACAGGAAGAAGGUUUUGGUCACUCAUUAUAAAUCCAACAUUGAGAUCACAGGCGGAACGUUUCAGUGCCUCAGGCCGGGUGGAUGGUUAAAUGACAAGGUCAUAGAUUUGUACCUGGUACUUCUGAAAGAGAGGGAGAGAAGGAAGGCAAAGAAUUCUCUCCAAUGUCAUUUUUUCAGUACCUUUUUCUACACAAAGUUGAUAAGUGGGAAGAAUGGUUAUGAUUUCAACUCUGUAAGGAGAUGGACCAUUCAAAAGAAACUGGGAUACAUCCCCCAUGAAUGCGAUAAAAUAUUUGUACCUAUUCAUCGAACGUCUCAUUGGUGUUUGGCUGUCAUCAAUCAAAAAGAGAAAAAAUUCCAGUAUCUUGACUCUCUGAGAGGAACAGAUACCCAAGUGCUGGAAGUGCUGGCUAGGUAUUUUGUAGAUGAAGUAAAGGACAAGACUGGAAAAGACACCGAUGUAAGUUCUUGGGAGAAAGAAUUUGUCAAAGACCAUCCUAAACAAUUGAAUUGCUAUGAUUGUGGGAUGUUUAUGAUCAAAUAUGCUGAUUUCUACAGUAGAAAUAUGAGAUUGUGUUUUGGCCAGGGAGACAUGCCUUACUUCCGGCUUAGAACAGCUAAGGAAAUCUUGAGACUAGAAGCUGACUAAGCUAAGGAGUGAUCAAUGACCAUACUUUUGGGUGCAUUUGUGAUUUUGGGAUAUGAUUGAUGAGAUUAAUAGCGUCUGCUUAGGAGGACUCACUUUUUGUCAACAGUUUCAGAUUGAGGAUUGGACUGACCAAGUGACUAUCAGGAUUCUGGAUUCCAACCAGGUAUAUCCACAAUGGUAGUGUAUAAUCCAGUAAAAAUUUGUAUUUGUACAUACCACGAGAACCGAAUCAUUAGAAGAGGAGUCUUGUCUUUUUUCUUAAGAGUUAUUUUUGUAAGAUCCAAUCAUCCAAUCAGACUGAUCCUGUCUUCCUAGGCAACUAGUUUGUUUACCAUUACCAAUUACCAUCAUUCACUUCUAGGUUUUGACCUCGUCUGUAUCCUGUGAAACGAUUUCUCAGUUGGGUCAGAUUCUCAUUCUCACGUCCAUCGAAUAGAAAGCACUCCUAGCGAGUUAAAUCGCAAAGUGGUCUUUGAAAUUUGCCACUUGCAUCGAAAAAGUCCUCAGGAUUCUAAUUGCACCACAAAGGUCUUCGAAAUUGAAAAAAUUGCACGUUAGUUCUACCCCUUUUCUAUGGUUACUUGUCAAGCUAUGAGUGACUUGGCACAUCCUUUCAGGUUGGAUUAGACAAAAUAAUGUUACUUUAGUUUUGACGCUAAAUGUUCGAUGAAACAAUGUCAUUUAUUCUUAAUGAACUACAAACAUCUUGUCCCCCAAAAAUUAUGACAAUUAAGGUUAAAUGAUAUUUUGUCAAGCAUUUAGAGUCAAAACUAAAGUAAUGUUAUUUCAUUUAGUUCAAUAUGGAAGAGAUACCACAGGUUACUCUAUGGUAGGGGAUUAAUAUGGUGCAAUUUUUUCAAUCUCAAAGAUAUUUAUGAUAUAGUUGGAAUCUCGGAGACCUUUUCGGUGUAAGUAGCCAAUCUUAAAGACCAUUUUAGGGUUUAACUCUAGGAAAU